AUGCUCUUUGGGAACGUCUAUCCAGUUUCUCAGGUUUUGCUCUUCCCCAUCAAAAUCCUCUCCAUCGCAGCCAUGAGUACCUCGUCUCCUCCCAAUCCGCCAUCAAAGGCCUCAAUAGAUGACGGACGGAGAUUCAAAGCUAUUACGUUACCCUGUGAAUGGGUGGAGGAUUACCGCCCAGGUGGUUAUCACCCAGUCAUUCUCGGCGACGUCUUCAACCGCCAGUACAAGGUCAUCCGGAAACUUGGGAAGAAACAAUGGAUAUUCGGACCAGUAGAAGGAACCCGGCAUAUCACGCGACUGCUAGGCGAGUUCGAACAUCGCGGGCCCAAUGGCGUCCACAAGUGCCUGGUAUUUGAGCCUAUGGGUCCGAGUGUGAACACUAUGGUCGAGGAGCUGCCGCAGUUCAAACCUCGCAGGCAAGAAAUGGAGAUCCGAUAUCCGCUUCAGAUGGCAAAGAGCAUCCUGCAGGCUCUUGCAUUUCUCCAUGAAAAUGGUAUCGCCCACGGAGACUUCCAGCCGGGAAACAUACUCUUCACUCUUGAUAAUAUCAACUCGAAGCCCGGGAACUUAGUCCGGCAAGAGGAAGAUGUGCAAGCCCGGUCGAUCUCGCGACCUAUAGAGAGGCUAGAUGGUAAACAAGACAAAUGGGCUCCUCAAUAUCUUUGUGUUGCGCAGCCACUGGUGCCCUUUACUUACUACACAGAAGGGUUCAAGGUCAAAUUAUCCGAUAUAGGUGGUGCAUAUUUCCUUACCGAUCCGCCGGAAAAGCCUGUUACUCCACUCGGCCUCCGAGCUCCCGAGUCGAUCCUCACCGGAUCCGUCAAUAAUACCGUUGAUGUCUGGAGUUUCAGUUGCAUUGUCUUUGAGCUUAUCACCGGACAGCCACUCUUCUGUAUACCAUACUCCGGGAUGGAAGAUGACGAUCAUCUUGUUUACCUCACCGCCCAGCUCGGCGCCCUCCCCGACGAGCUUUUCAGGCAUUGGAAGACAUCGUCGCUCUACUUCACUCCUGAGAGGAAGCUCUUUAAUUGUCAGCUUGGAGGAGUUACUCCGGGGGAGGAACCGCUUAUGGUGGAGCAGACAUCCAUCGAAGAGUCAUUCGAUCAGGCAGACCCGGAUCUUGAUGAGGAGGAAGCUCAUAAAGUGAAAACGCUCAUUCGAUGGACUUUACAAUAUGAUCCCGCGAAGAGACCAUCACCCGCGGAGAUCUUAUCUGAUCCGUGGUUCUGCGACAUUAACUUUGAGAGCGACCCGUCCAAGGUAAAUCUAGUCUAG